GUUCAUAACUGCACAUUUUCGGAUAAACGUCCGGACAGGUAACUGUACUGUGUGUGAUCAAAGGUUAGCGGACUGACUGGCUGGCGCUAUACAUUCUUGUUUCGAUGCUAGUGGCGAUUGAAACUAACGAAACUAGUAACUGGUUGUGUAUGUUAGACGAGAAAAAGAAGCUCAUCAAUGUUGUGUGUGAAAGUUUUACCGAAUAUUUGCAUGGGAAAGUUUAUUUAGAAACCGAUUUUUUUAUUGGAAAAUAUUGAUUUCUUUGUGUGUGUACGGCAGUGGUAAAUGCACAUGUUUUGGAUUGCUUGCUGCAAUUAAACGCGUGCAGUUCUAAAUGUCAGCUGCGAAGUGUAUGUGAAAGAGGAAUAUAACAGUGCAGGUUUUUUCCCGCAUUAGCAUAAGUGAACUAAUUAAAGGGACGAAGUGCAAGUCGCUAUUUUGUGUCGAUGUCUACAAAUUUCCUCGUGUAAAUUCUCUCAAGUGCAACGGUCGCUGGGAGAUAACGGGCGAGAACGUACGAACGCAUCCGAAACGAAGUGCUGCUGCUCUAAUUUAAUUUGCCGUCAAAAUACCCGUACCUAGUCGAACGACGAAAACAUGAACUCCAAGCCACCGUCCGCCGCGAAUGGGGCAGCAGCCGGACAGCCAUUCAUUCCCUACAAUAUCGACUGGAUUUUCCCGCAGCUGCAAAAACCCUCGCGGCUAUGGCGGAUCGCCAGUACCGGAGUUAUCGGACUGGUUGGAUUUUUUUCCAAAAUUGUGAUUGUAUGGCUCAACAAGACACGAGUUCACAACAUCGAGGUGUUGGAAAAUGCGCUGGAAUCACGCCCGAAAGGAAUCCCUCUGCUGACGGUGUCUAACCAUCACUCCUGCUUCGACGAUCCCGGGAUGUGGGGACUACUAAAGCUUCGUUUGCUGAAGCUGCGCAAUGUUUGCAACAAAAACGUUAUCCGGUGGUCGAUGGCAGCUCAUGAUAUUUGUUUCACCAACAAAUAUCAUUCACUUUUCUUCAUGUACGGCAAAUGCAUUCCGGUUGUGCGAGGCGCCGGAGUGUAUCAGCCUGCCAUUGAUUUGUGCAUAGAGAAGUUGAAGCUGGGCCACUGGGUGCACGUUUUCCCGGAGGGUAAAGUGAACAUGACCAAGGAAGAGCUCAGAUUCAAAUGGGGCGUAGGCCGGAUUAUCUACGAGGCUCCCGUCUUGCCGAUUAUUAUUCCCAUUUGGCACAUCGGAAUGGACACGGUGCUUCCCAACGAACCGCCCUACUAUCUGCGGUUGGGCAAAAAGCUGACCUAUAAUUUCGGUAAACCGAUCGAUCUCAACCGACUGCUGGAUAAGCUGAAGGCCUCGCCCGUCAGCGAAGAGGAGGCUAGGAAAAUCAUCACCGACAGAAUUCAGGAGGAAAUGAUGGUGCUGAAGCAGGAAACGGAACGAUUACAUUCGGAUCACCUGAAAAGCUGAGCCAGCGCGAUCUGGCGCCGACUGUGGUGGACCAGUAGCAAUAAGCAAAAAUAGUAAAAUAGCUAAAUACCCGCGCUGAAUCACGUUAUGUCACGCCACGCUCCCACGAAGAAGAGGGGCGAAAGAUCCGUCUAGGUAGGUUAACUUCGGCGGCAAUUUAACUAGAUAAUAUUCGUCGGUUCUCGAUCGGUUCCCCUUUGAUACUCUGACAUCCGCGCGUUCACACCGCUGACUGUUUGGGGCGCGAAACAAACAGUCAGCACUAGUGCAUUUGCCAUCUCUUCCUAUUCAAAGCCCCCCAGAACUGACGCUUAGCAUAAUUGUAAACUAAUCAUACAAACAUCGGUCGCUUCUAGUCAGUGUAGAAAUCGAACGAUAUCCAUUAAAAGACAAUUCGCUAUCAGUGAACAAUUAUAUUUAAAUUUUGCGACGGAAGAUAAAUAAGUGUUAGGAGAAAAGAGGCUUUACGUAAUAAUAUUUUUACUGUUAGUACCUACCGUAAUUUCAGUUCCGAAUUUCAUACAAACUGUACAAUAGUAAGUGUAAAUAACAAAUAUUACAUUAAUAUUGAAUGUAAUUAAUUCACGAUGAUUCAAUGACAAUACUUUA